GAGACCCUGACGACAUCGCCAAUUACUUCCCUUCAUCGUGUGGUCGGACGCAUCCGCUCGACAGACGCUGUUACGCCGUAACUAUAAACCUCCGAGGAUUGCGACGCGCCAGGACUCUCAAAAGUGGAUGCCUGCGGAUCUUUGAAACACAAAGGCAUUUGAGGAAGAAGGCGACCGAGAAAAACGUGUAGCGCUUGCUUAUCAAUCUUUCGUGGAUUUGAAGCUCCAAGACGUGGCCUUCCACUGUUUGGAGAGCCGGUCGAGGAAGGUCGCGUGGAGGCUCGUCACCAAACUAAUUUUCAAACAUGAAUCCACCCGGGCAGAGAUUCGAUGGGUCACGGGGGCAUCAUAUGGAGUUGAACCUAACGGACGGUGCAUCUUCUAUUCGGCCUUCUCUAAUACUGAAUGGGCCGAUGGGAGCCCAUGUGAAGACCCUUCUCCAUCUUUUCCCUACGCUCGCAACACGAUACCAGGCCUAGGCCUAGAUUUUUCGCCGCAAUCCAAAGGCCCUCAAACGGACAAAAAGCCCGGAGCCUUGGUUGAUGUAUCCCAGUCCUUUCGGGCAGCGGAACAGGAACAAAGUUCGAGGCCUCCUCGAACUGGAGACUCAAACAUUACUGUAACCGCAGAAUGCGGUGACGGCACGGUUGACGUCUCAGAAGAGGGAGAAAUCUCUGAAGGGGAAAUUCAAGAUAAUAUGCUCUGCCCUGAGGGCCCUGGCAAUCCCACAACAGCUUUUCGUACCCGAGACCGACCACUCAACAAUACUGCCGCAUAUGGCAGACAAGCAUCACCAACAGCGGGAGCAUGUGCUCCUACCGAAGAAUCGGAAUUAAGAAUGGAAUGGCUUCCAGGUCAUCAUGCUCCUGCAAAAAUGGCUCGAGAACGCUCCGGAUCAUACUCGCCCUACCUAUCUCCGCGCGAGAUCAACAAUGACAGCCUCGCUCAAGCGAUGCCUAUGCCUGAACUUCACAGUCGCGUCAAGAUUUCACAGCCGACUGUCCGUCAACUGAAUCGAGUUGUCUUUCCAGCGCAAAAGUUUCCUCUUCGCCUUUCAACACAUUCCAGUUAGCAGGAAGCAGGCUCGAGACGCUAUCAAGAAACUGAUCCCACUCAACAAAAUAUCAGAAUUUAUUGAGGAAGGCAUUGAUGAUGCAGUACUAGGCCCACUCUUCGACGAUCUCGGAAUUAGUGCUCAUAAGGACGUUCGCCAAUCUCAAGUCGACGACGCCAUAGCAUCAAAGGCUGUUGUUUCGAUAAAAAGUUCAGAGAUGAGCGCAUUCAAAUCUGAGUCUUUGCCUUCAAGCCAGCAUUAGAAGAGUCUCCAAAGACAGCUGACAAGUCUGAGGAACGAAAGGAUCGUAUAGCGCGGCUUCUGGCCGCCAAAGGUUCGAAACCCGCAGCAGCUAUUUCAACGCUUGCCCAAGCUCCGGUAAAAUCACCGCCUUCAGCUCUUAUCCCAACAGCUCAACCUUGCCCAAAAGCACAGACGGAGAAGUCAAAGCUACACAACAUAAAAUGGAAGAACUUCGCAAAUCUCGCGAAAAGCUGGCUCAGCUAAAGGCUUACAGUCGGUUAAAGAACCCAUUAUUGCAAGCUCUGAGCUUGCAGAUAAUCUAGUUUCAGAGGGUGCAGCUAUCAUUUCAAAAGCCACCGCAAGCAUGCCUGAUGCCACUGAUUCGUCCAAGGAAGUAAACCUCUCUGAUAAACCCUCACUUUCAAUACCUGGCCUUUUUUUGUCAACUCCACAACCGCCACUCGUGCCCGCGUCGUGUCAGACUCACAGGAGCUCCUUCGAGUCUGUGAACUCCACCAAACGUCCAUUUGAUCAAAAAGUAGAAACUGGACCGUUUCUCAUUAACGUUAGUGAUGAUGAAGACGAUGCGGAGAUGGAUGUCGACAUGCCUGCUCAACCUUUAACUGAACAAUGCGAAUUAUCGCCUCAAAAAGCUGCCAUGUCGAAGGAACAUGGCUAUGUGAUGGAGAAACCAUUACGAUACGACAUAACACAAAUACCGGCUGUCACGCCGUCAAGAAGCUCGAGUCAUAAUAGCGGAAUCGAAGAUCUUGCAAGCAUGAACAAGAAGAUUGAGGCAAUGAAGCGCAAGAUAGCAGAAGCCGAAGCGCGCAAAAGGACUAAGCUAUCUAGGCAAAUGUCUCCAAUAGGAUCUCAGCCAAACGAAAGCUCUCGAGACUCUGGUGCACCGUCGCCACUACUGGAGAGGAGCUGCACGCCAUGCAAUGACGACUCUGUACUCCAAACUGUCGCGAUCGCGAUGCCUC